AUGUCGAACAAAGCGGCGGUGACGUUCGAGAAGCCACUGCAGCAUCUCAGCCUAGCUGAUUGGCAUUCACGGCUUACCCAGCUGAAGAAUGUGGCUUACACGCAGCGUUCGGACGCGUUCGAGUUGCGGCACUCGGCACGUAACCUCCGGAACGAAACCCACAUCCAGACGCACUGGGAUACGUUCCACAACAACGACCGACUCUCCGACCGAGUGGCUGAGUUGGAUCGUUGGCGUGAACGGAUGCGUCUCAUGCUGCAACGUGUCGUUGAUGAGAUUCGAGCGUUACGCGAGGAAAAGUCCUGCACCGAGCGUGAUUUGGAUGGGCAUAUUACACCGCUCACGGUGGUGACGGAGUGCAUUGGUAUGCGAGAUGGAAGGCUUGGAUCGGAGCUGACGUACGACGAUGGUGACACGGAGCUGAAGAACGAAUUGUGCAUCGUCGAGAACAACCAGCGGUUGCUUCGGGACCAGAAUCAGGCCGCUUGGGAGCAGCUGAAUCGUUUGCAGGAAGUUAAGUUCAAGUUGGAGCUCGAUCUAACCGAUAAGGACGAAGCACAAGCGAUCGACUCGCAGCAGUUGCAGGUGGACCAACAUUGUGGGGAUGUUUCGUUCAAGACGGAUCCAACGCGCGUUCCCAGGGACUCCUGUACGUACGGAAAUUGGUUGGAGUACUGCGAGGAGCUGGUUGCCUUGGCCGAGAAUGCCUUGUCGGAUUCGUUUUCGAUUCGUGAGUCAUUGUUCGCGACACGCGAGAAGGCUCGUAACAUCCUGCGAGCCCAGCAGGACCGCACAGCGCAUACGUUGCGCAAGCGCAUCUUUGAAACACAACGCGCCCGUAACGAGCUCGAGUACCAGCUCGGAAAGAUGAAGGAGGAGAUGGAACGGUGCCUUCGCGAGAUUGAAGCCCUCGAACGUGCCCAUGACCAGAAGGUGGAAGCGUUGAAGGUUGUCGAAACGAGGCUGGAAAAUCGCGCUCAGCGUUCGGGAAUGGAGUUGUGUGUUGACGAGUCGUACCACGGACUGUGUGAAGAGGUUCAGAAGCUGCGGGACACCAUUAACAUUCUGCGAGCCAAGAUCGACGCCACGAAGACGACUUACAACUCGGUGCGGGAUCAUGCCAACAGGAUCGAUCAGGACCUCCAGAACAAGCAGCAUUCGCUCAUGACCGAUAUCCGAGCGUUGGAUCUGCGUGGCCGUCUGCGUACAGGCGAGUUCGGUGGUUUACCGACUCAAACCGAUCGAAAUAUUCAGCUGUCGCGCAUCGAGGAUGAGAUCCCAAAAACGUAA